GCUCCUGGGUUAUAUGAGAACAGAGUAAAACUCCGGGGGACUGUUUGACUCGGUUUUAUUUUUAUUUGUCUUCAGAACUGAAUUUGAGUAGGGUAAUUAAAAGAGUUAAUAAAUAUGCAGAUCAGAUGAUCCAAUCAGAUGAUUUGAACCGGUAGCCGCCGAAAAACAAGAACAACAAUAUCGAAGGGUUAAUGUUUUUAUCUCGUAAUGCUGCUUCACCUUAAAUGUUCAGUGUUCAUCUUCAACUUUUUGUUAAUUUUUAUUUAUUUAUUUUUUGCAACAAGCUAUAUUGUCAAUGUACUCAUCGGAUCAUAAAGGGUAAAUAAAUGAAAAUAAAUAAAUAAAUAAAUAAACCUCAAAUGUCAGAACCUUUUCUGGUUGAAGGUAGCACCAUAAUCUGAAAUAAUUUGCUGGGUCUGAACCCCAGGUCUGGUCAUAAAACCCCUUUAGACCUUUGUUUCAUUGUAGAAAUGAAUUGUCUUGUCAGUUUGAUUGCAACCACAUUGGCUGUGGAGCAGUUGUUGGUUAAUCAUUUCAACCCUCUCGUAUUUGGUAUUUAAAACCUAACACAAUAUAUUUCCUAAUGAAAAGCGAUGUGACAGUGCCAUUUUGCAUUGCAGAUGAAGAAGCAUUUCUAUUUUCUCAUUUUUUUCACAUCAUAUACUAUUAAACUAAAGCUUAAACUUAAACUCUACAGUUACUCUUGCAACACACUGUAAUUUUUUAAAGCCUGCUUGUUAUAUACGACAAGUUUGUUGAAGACACUUUGCUAAGUUUUUUGGUAUUGCACAUCUGCUUUUAAGGCAAAAAAAAGCAACCUGUGCUUGUCUUUGUAUUAACACACCCCCAUCUCGAGACAGGAAACAGAAGCUGUUUCCUACAUUUGUCAGUGAAAUAUUUCAGAAGAACAAUGAACGCCAAAGGCAGUGCUAUAGUCUUAUUUCUCUGUUUCCUGUCUCUAUUUACCUUAACAGGCUGUAGCACAUGUCAGAAAAAUAUAUUAGAAGGGAAAAAUCUCCCCUUUAAGCUGGCUGACAGGCUGCUUAAGGAUGAUGAGAAAUUCACUAUUAAAAAAGACGAUAAAUUGUUAGUCCGCAAACAGAAUAUCAACCAAAAUAAACAAUGGAAGAUGGUAAAUACAAACCUGGAGCUCCAGCAAGUGAACCUGAGCAAUUCUGGAAAAUACACUGUUGAUGUUUUUGAUGAGGACGGCAAGAACUUAAAUUCAUACACAGAAACCGUCUGUGUUUAUGUGAAAGUUCCAAAGCCAAGAGUGAAUGUUACAUGUCAGGAUAAGAAGGUUUACCUCACAUGUGAGGUUGAGGACCGUAAAGAUAUAUCUUUCAGCUGGGAAAAAAAUAAGAAAGAAAGCCAGGAGAAAGGAAAAGUCUUAACACUUGCUAAGGCAGGCAACUCAAAGUAUGCAUGUACUGCUCAGAAUCCAGUUCAUAAUAAUACAAGUGAUGAAGUGGAAGCAGCAUGUACCACGUCCCAGCAGACGCUCUUUGGCUUUGACUUUACGCUUAUGGUGGGCAUCUUAGCUGGUGGAGGAUUUCUAGUCCUGUUAUUGAUAACUGUGAUGGUGACACUUGCCUGCCGUUCCUGUAAACGCAAAGAGAAACAUCUGCGAGAUGAAGAAGAGUUCAGACUGAACUACGUCAGCUCUAAUCCACCUCCACAUAAAGGGAAGCAAACAGCAAGAGGACAGCCAGCACCUCCAGAGCCUGUCGAAAACGGUUCUGCCGAGGACUUAUCUCAAGCCCCACAUCAAGUUGCAUCACGACCCCGGGCCCAGCAGCGUGGUCGACCUCCACCACCUCCAAUAGAUGAUGACGAGGAACAACCUCCACCAUUACCCCAACCUAGGAAAAAGGCACAACACAAAAAAACAUGAAGUUCUAAUAUGAUGAAGAAGCAAGUACACCGGUCAGUGAAAUGAUCAAACAUAGUGAAUAUCUGUAUGCAUGAAUAUAUGAAGGAAAUAACAGUAUCGAUGUACAAAUAAUAGAAUUAACAGUUUAGCACUUUUAUUUGCUUGUUUCCUUUACAUAUAUUCAUAUAUACAAGCAUCAGUGUAUUUUAUAGAAUAUUGCAAUAUUCUAUAAAAUAUUUUAUAUAAUAUUGUAAUUGUAGUGUCAUUGUUCAUAGUUAUAUAGCCUAUACAUAUAUAAAUAUUUACAUAAGGGAUCUGUGUAUCCAGUACUUUUUAGUGAAUGAAAAACUUUAUUAAACAUAAAAAAAAAAAAGAAAAAUCAACAAAAAUCAUGAAUCCUUACUAGUGACAAGAAAGAGUUGUUAGCAGGUUAGAGAAUUUUCUAGGAGGAUUUGGUUCAUCUAAAAAAAAGUCUCUUAUUUAUCUAUAAUUUCUAAUUCAACAUGAACAUUUUAUAAAGUAGAACAAACCGAAAAUAAAAACCCAAAAUCACUUUUUUUUUAUUUAAGAAACCACAAGUCUUUUUGCUCUCCUCACACUGCAGUUUCCAAAAAACCACCCCAUGCUGUUGUUUUUUCACAUCUCGACUAAUGUGAUGCUUUGUUUCAACAGUACCAAAAACCACAAUAGAAAAAAUGCAACUAGCCAAGAUGCUGCAGUCAAGAGUGUCAACACGUACAAUUAGUAAGAAAGAGCACCUUGCACCUCCUUCAGCAUCAUUGCAAUGCCCGCCUAUUUCAUUUUAGAGCUGAUUUUGAAGAGUUGAAGAUUUUCUUACCUGCAUCUAAAGCAGUCAGCAGAUUAGCAUCUUUAUAUGUGGCUAGACAACUUUGCUCCAAUUUGGUUAGCUUUUAAGGUCACAUGUUUGCUUUGUUGCCACACGUUAGCAUUGUUCAAGCACUGCUCAAGUACAUGUGAGCCAAAAAUAAGACAGCUUUCUGUCACUCUAACUAAAAAACUAGUACUGUUUGUGUAUAACAUAAAUGAUAAAUAUUCAGUAGUUGUCUAUGAUUAAUAAUUUAAAAAGUGCAGCUAAAUAUCAUUAGAGUCUUAAUAUCGUCGUUCAGUCUUUGUUAUUUUAUUUUAUUUUUUAUUUUAUUUUAAUUUUUUUAUAUAUAUAUUUGUAAUUUUUUCCCCUUCCCCAACUGCUUUAAUAUUUGUUAUGCUGUGUUUAUUUUUUAUUUUUAUUAUUAUUAUUCAUAUUUUAAUCUAAUUUGCCUGUGUUUACACUUCUUACAUGAACUGAUCUGUUCACUGAUUCAGUUACUGUUCCAUCACAAACAUUAUGACUAUAUUACAUAAACAUACAUAACAUAAUUACUUGAUAUUUCCAUGUAACUCUUUGCAUAUAGCAAAAAGCCACUGAAUGACACCUAGUCAGCUUUUUUUCUCUGUUCUCGACCUUGCCUGCUCAUUUCCUGUGCAUAGAUGAUAUAUGAAGCUGCAGAAGGCUUUUUUAAGCAACAGUAGUGGUAUCUCAGUAAAGCCAUUUAGUUAGUACAUGCUGUGGUUGUGUAUUCCUAGAUUUUCUGCUUUUGUUUUGUGUUACCUUGUGCAUUUAUUGUGUAUAAUAUAUGACAAAGUUAUUGUGUCUUAGUGAGUCGUUUAAUUGUGACAUAAACAAGCAGCUGUAUAAAGCAUCAUGGCCCACACUUCAUAAUUAUAAAUAAAUUCAUACAUAGAGGGGAAUCCAUAUUGUGGCAUGUCUUUCAUUUAACUUUUCGUUUCUUGUAAUGUGCUAGAUGAAAGAAAGUUUCCACUGAUACAGAUGAGAUGUCCACCUCCUUAUUGAGAACAGAGUCUAAUUUUAGCUAGCCUGUCCUCCUGCAUUGACUAUAACAUCCUGGUUGUGGAAUUUAAAGCUCUCGUCUAUCUCUGGUGCAUUUCCUGAAAUAUCACUUGUCCUGAGUAGUGGAAAAUGUUUAUCUUAUUUCAUUUUAUUCUUAGUUUAAAGGAAGUUUUCAUUACUUUUGAUAAUUCUCAUGCAUAUACAGUACAGUAGGUAAGAAUUUGAAAGAAUAAAACAUCAAGUGUUUUGUAAGGUGUUGGGCCACAAGAAAACAUCACAACAGGCACAACAUGUGCCUUUUAUAUAGAGUCCACAAUUGUCUGGAAGUGUUCUGAAGCCGUGCUUCUUAAAAAGAAUAUUCCCUUAGCUGGUGUUUGGAUGAUGGUGUCCAAAAAAUGACUCUGAAACAUUUUGUUCAAGCUGUUCAAGCUCUGUGGUUAAGGUCUUGUGUCUGUGAAGGAAAAAGGAAUUUUCAUCCCUGUCAAACUGUUUGUACCCUGUGGAUGGGGGUGGGGUCAUUCUGGAAGAGACCACGCCCAUUAGGAUGGAAAAAAUCAGAAGAACUUUGUACUGAUUGGCAGUGAUACAUCAUUUUAAAAGCGGAAAUAACCCCCAAACCUCCUCCACAGCAUGUUUUUCCCCUUUAAUUAGUCAGCAACCUAUGGUUUAUUCAUUAGUGCUUUAUAUUUUUUGUGUUUUAACACAAAUGCUUUGUAUUGUUGAAUUUUUUUGUACAGCAUUUUGAGAUUUUGUAUCCAUAUUGAAAAAUGCUAUAUAAAAAAUAUUAUUAUUAUUAUUAUUAUUAUUAUUAUUGUUAUUAUUAGAGUAGUAGUAGUAGUAGUAGUAUUAGCAUUAAGUUUACAGGGCGAGGCUCUGAUGGAUGGGUGAGUGGCAACAGCUGAUAACUUUUCAUGAUUAAAAAACAUGUAAUCAUUAUUUAUAGUUUAUUUCAUUCUAUUGAAACAAUCUGAUUUGAAAGAUGUCGGAAAAAAAGAAACAUCUUUGUUGGGGUUGUAUCAGGUUUGAUUUAAACAUCAGUAUUCAAAAUGAGACUAUGUAUUUGAAGGUUUUAUUUUCCUUUGACAAGGAACUUCCGCUGGCCACCCACACAGGAUGUGUUUAACACACUAGCACGAUAACAAGCAGUACUAAGUAGAUUUCUUUCCAUUACUUCGGCAUGUCGUGUAUCUCAAAUGAUGUCAGUAUUGCAUUGGAAAUAAAUCCAAAUCACAUACAUGAGCCACUGCUUCAUAUAAAGUAAACAGCAGUACCUAUGAGUAAAUGUUAUUUCUCAGAAUAACUGAUAAUAGACCAUUUCUGUUUCUAAUGCUUCUGAUCAUUUGACACAUCAAACAUAUUUUACAUUUUAUUUUAUUGUUCAUUUUAAAAUUGUGGGUUUUCAUAAAUCCCUUCAUUAAAAAAACUGCAUGUUAAAAAAACAAAUAGCCUAUAGCUAUAUAACUAUCUGUAUUUUUCAACUGUUAGUACACUGUGUGGUCACAGUUUUUGGACACACCCAUUUGCACUUCCUGCACAUCCUAUUUCAAAACAAUAGGCAUUUAGAUAUUUAUAUUACAUUUAUGGUAUUUGGUUGUUGCCCUUAUCCAGAGCUAGAUACAUUUUUAUCUCACUUUAAUACAACUGAGCAGUUGAGGGUUGAGGGCCUUGCUCAAGGGUCCAGCAGAAGCAACUUGAUGGGAUUUGAACUCACAGCCUUCUGAUUAGUAGUCCAACAUCUUAACCUCCAUGAGACAGAGUUAGCUAUGGGGAUUUGUGUUCAUUCAACCACAAAAGCAUUAGUAAGUUUGGGGAUGUUUGGUAAGGAGGUCUAGGGUGUAGUUGUCGUUCCAGUUCAUUCCAAAGGUGUUUAAUGGGGUUGAGUCAGAGUCAGGGCUCUGUGCAGGACUUCAACUUCAACCUUGGCAAACAUGGAGCUCGCUUUGUGUACAGGGUCAUUGUCAUGCUGGAACAGGUUCAGGCCUCUUAACUCCAAUAUCAUCUUGUCAUUUUAAAGAGAAACUGGAAAUCGUAAACUUCUCCCAUGCCAGGAUAAGACGAAACUCCUUCCAUAAAUUAUGCAUAAACAUCAUGUUUAUUAAACAUUAAGCAGUUAAUCUUCCUUUCAAAAUGUUGCUUAAAACAUUCAAAUCACACCUUAUUGUCAUUUAUAUUUCUUGCUGUUGCAAGUAGCUCAUAGAGAUAAGUAGCUGAAAGGUGUGAAUGGGCUGCCUAAAGCAAAUUUCAAGUGAAGCAUUCUGAAUGAAUUCAGUGUAAGAUGGUACGUGCAUGCAGACAAAGGCAUGGGGCGUAGUAGAGCAGCUAGAAAGAAACUUCCUCUCUUUCCUCUUUCCCACCACUAGUUCACUCACAUGUCAAGGGUUUUGACACCUUGUGUUUUAAAUAAAUAAGCCACACAAACUGCGGGUUUGUGAGGAAGUUGCACUGCAUUCUUGGAAAACUGUGUAUGUGUGAGUGUGUGGGUUAACCUGUGCUAUGCCAGUUCCCAUGCUCAGUAAUGACCACAUUUAUUUGAAAUCGAGUUAUGUCUGUUUAGUUUUCUUCUGGGUUUUCCAGUUUCCUCUAACCUCCCAGAAACAAACCAGUUGGAGGAUUGAUCUAUUGUGAUGGACUCGUAUCCCAGCCUGGGAGUAUUCCCACCUCAUGUGCAGUGUUCUUGGGAUCCACCAGAUCCACUGCGGCCUUGAUAUCUACAAAAAACAAAGUAAUAAAUAAUAAAUAAACAAGCAAACAAACAUAGCCUUUACCCUGUACAUAUCCUAUAAAAAUAAUAAGGAUGUAUGGAUGUACGCUCAUGUAUUUUAUUGAAUUCAUCUGAACAAGCCGGGUUGUUAAUGAUCCGUUGUGUCUCUUUUACUGCAGUCGAUAUUCAGGCCUUCAGACCUGUCUAGGUCAUAGGUUGCAGCCAACAGCUUCAGUUCAGUGAAAGAAACCACUGCAACCCACUUCUGCCCACAAAGACAAAAUCAUAAGCUAAAUUUAUCAGGUGGAAAGAAUGAAAACCAUUUACUAUCCAUUCAACAACUAUCAACUCCUACAAAUACCAUUAACUGGAUAUAUUUAACCUCAUACUUGCAAUGAACAUGUCAGAUUUCAUGUAAAAUUCUUACAGUUAUUAAUAUUAAUGAACUGGGACUUUUCUUAUACCUCAGUCAGAUGUUUCCACAGAGCAUGCAUUGCGCUCACUGUAUACAACUGCGCACAUCUGCACUGUAUUAACAAUUAUUCACAAUAAUCAUUCAUAUAUUUCUACAUUUAUUUCCCAUUUGCUACCUGUACAGUACCUGUAAAUUCUAUUUUUAUUUUUAACCACAUAUUUUAGUAAAAAAAACAUUUCCCUGCAUGUUAUUCUGUAUACAGUGGUGCAUGUGAUGGAUAAAAUUUUUAUUUGAACCAAAUAAUAACCAAAAUAGCAAAUCAAAUAGACCUAGUGCAUGAGGUAAUUUCUUUACGAUUAAUAUAUGAGAGUGGCUCAAAGAGUUUACAAAAAGUUAAUUAUUCGUAGUAAAGCUACUACUAAUUAUUUUCUUUUAUGUAUUAUUUAAAGCUCUACAGGUUCAUGCAUUUCCUCAGCCUCAGUAUCAUGAUUUUUCCCCCAAUAUAUUCAGAUUGACAGAUGUAUUCAACAUGUUCUCAUUGUUUAUCGACUUUUCAUUCACAGUAAAUUCUAUAUUAUACAUUUUAGUUGCUAUUAUAUAAUACACUAUCAAAAAUACAAAUCUCUGUGAUUGAACUGAUAACUUUAACACCUUAGACUUUGAAUUCAGAAAUGACUGAUGCUCAUAUUCAUACUUUAAGUUUAAACAAUCACCAAUUGACUCUAUAGUACACAGUUGGUACACACACAGAAUACAUACAUACUAUAGAACAUACACACCUACAUACAUAGAUAGAUACUGUAGUACAAAUACAGAUGGGAAACUAUUAUAAUUGCAAUUAUAUUCCAUUUUCUCUCAGAUGAUGAUGGGUUACCUUUUCAAUCUGGUUCCUCUCCAGGUUUCUUCCUCAGUUGCACAAGGGACGUUUUCCUUCCCACCAUCACCUCUGGAUAAAUGUCAAUAUUUAAAAUGUAUAUACAAAAUUUAUGUUUCUCUAAAGCUGCUUUGUAACACAUUGCCUGUUAUUAAACGGGCUAUACAUAUAAAACUGAAUUUAAUUACAGUAAAUAGGUUCACCAAGGUUGACAAACUUGAUUAUCUAGAUUAUAAUAACGCCUUUCAGUAUGGAUACUUGUUUUCUGAAUCUCUUUUGUUGCAGUUAGGCUUACUUUGCCAAAAUUGCUGCAGAUAUUUAAUCUGUAACCUUUUCCAUUCCACACAGAUCUUUAUAUAUCUGUGAUUUAGUUACUUUUCAUGUGUGUUGACAGUUGCAGAUUCAGUGAUAUGCUCACAGUGUGGUGUAGGUACAGAGCCUCAACUAUGGCUUAAUCUUAGGUUUCUUAUCAAAAAAACCUAUAAUUGCCUUGCAAAACAAGAAAAAGCAAGUUAGGAGAAACAUAAGAAAACAUGAAGACAUGAUGAAGGAGUGGAACAAAAAAUAACAAUUAAAAAUUAUUAAAAUUAAUUAAAUAAAUAAUUCAAGAUAUUCUUCUAUACUUCUAUACAAUAAUAGAAGAAAACUUCUCUACAAUAAUUAGACAGUAUAUGGAGAUCGGUGGAGAUCAAAAUUAGAGAACAAUAUAUGAACACUUGAUUUUUUUCAGCAAUAAUGUAAUCUUCAUUGCUCAACAUUUGAAGGAAUUGUUGUUGUGGCUGUACCAUACUAAUAGAACAGUGUUUUACAAAAUAACCAAGGCACGUCAACAAAAAAACCUUUAUUUUGUAGGAAACACAAUGAUCAAAAUUAGAGAACAACAAUGACUGUAGCAAUUUCUGAAGGAAACAACAGUCAACAAUUAGUAGGAAGUGUACAGACCCUUGCUUUGAACAGGACUUCACUAGUCUCUCACAUUGCUCUGGUGUGAUUUUGGUCCACUCUUCUUCCAAUCUCUUCCACAGGUCGGUGACUAUAGUGAGUUUCUUGGCCAUAACUUUGUUCCCAAGGAUUUUCCAGAGGUUUUCUUUUGUGUUUAGAUCAGGACUUUGGGCUGACCAUUUAAUUAUGUCAAUGUUUUCAGCUUCAAGGAACUGUUUUACCCAUUUUGCUGUGUGACAGGGGGCUGGCUGAUUGGGUGAUGAACGCAGGGAAGGAACCGCAUGUUGUUGAAGGGUCUGAUACACAUUUGCAUUCGCUGCAGAAACCAUCCCCCAAACCAUGACGCAUCCCCCUCCACCUUUCACUGAUUUCUUUACACACUUUGGGGUCAGUCUUUCACCAGUUUGAUGAUGAACAUAAUGUUUCCUAUCUGACCCACUUGCUUUCAUCACUAAAGUGAACUUUAGACCAGUUGUCCUUUGUCCACAUAACAUGCUCCUCAGCAAAGGUUAGUCUAGCCUUUUGAUUCUUUUUGCUAAUGAGAGGUUUGCUCACUGCAGAGUGGGCUUUCAGUCCAAAUUCUCUUAAAUGUCGAGACUCUGUAUGACAAGACAGAUCCUUACUUUGGUUAGCAUAGAACUUGUGAGCAAUCCCAGCUGCAGUGUUGAACCGAUUAUCCAUUGCGAUUCUCCGCAUUAUUCUGGAUGGCCAGCUUUCUUAGGGGACUUAAAUGAGUUUGUGUCGUUGUGAAGAUGCAGUAUUUUAGAAAUGACAGAUUUGGAAUGACCAACCUCUCUUGCCAUAGCUGAAAGGGUCAUCCCUUUGGCUUUCUAUAUCUUCAAAGAAAUAUAUUAUUCUCUGUCUAUUUUUUCUCCCACCGAACCUUGAGACAUCUUUACAAACAAAAUCAUUCUGAUGCCGAGCCUGGGUACAAACAACAGGACACCUGGGUAGGCUGUCAGAUCAAUUUGCAGAGUUAGGAAUGGCUGGUAUUUCAUUUUACUGUAAAUAUUAGAUAUAAGAUGUUCUAUAUAUUUCAGUAUGAUUAUGGCUGAACUGCAUUUUGUAACAGUUUUGUACGCAGUGUGCAGAUAUAAAGUGUUUUACAGAUGGUGGAGUGGGAAGACAAAAGAGUGCAUGGAAGUACAAGAUGUGAUGGUGAAGGGCAGCGGUGGUUCAAGGGGCUAAGUCUCUUGGCUGUUGAGCAGAAGGUUGGGAUUCAAGCUCCAGCACUGCCAAACUGCCACUGCUGGGCCUUUGAGCAAGGCCCUUAACCAUCCCUGCUCCAGGGCUUCACAGGCUGACUCUGUGCUCUGACCCCAACUUCAUAAUCAGAUUUCCUUGUGGCUUUAAUGUGCAGAUUAUCUUGUGCUAUAAUGUAUAUGUGACAAAAAUAAAGGCUUCU